GACUGCUGAAACAAAAUGACGAAAAGCAAGGGAACUCCAGUAACCGCAUUCCUGCUUUUAGCACAAGGGUUUCUGGCUUGUGUUGCUGUGGAGAUCAAGCCGUAUAGGAAUCCUGUCCCGGUGGGGGAGACGCUGACCCUGUCCCUGUUCCCCGCUCAAAACCUGAGGAGUGGAAGCUGGGCGGCGGGAGAGUCCCUCAUCCUCACCUGGCUCGGGGUGCAGCAGGCCGUUUUUCCCAAUUACACAGGAAGAGCGUCGGUGGACGUCCUGACCGGAACCCUGAGGCUGAUGUCCGUCACCGUGGCCGACUCGGGAGAGUACGUGGUGCAAAGCAGUGACCCUCAGCUCAGGGCCAACGCCUCCAUCACUGUUCUGGAACCUGUUUCAAACGUGACGCUCACAGUGAACGAGACCCACCUGACGGAGUUCAGCAGCUCGGCAGCCAUGAGCUGCUUCACCUCCUCCGGGUCGUCCGCCUCGUUCCUCUGGCUGAACGGCAGCUCUGAGGUCAAAGCCAGCGACCGAGUUCAGCUCACCGAUGAAAACUCCACUCUCACUAUCGUCAACGUGAGCCGCUACGACCAGGGACCGUUCAGGUGUCAGGUGUCCAAUCCUGUCAGCAACAGCUCCAGCGAAGCCGUGAACUUCACCAUCAGCUAUGGCCCAGAUCACAUGGCCCUCACAGUGAACGGACUUAACACCACUUCCUUUGCAGUGGGGUCUAAUCUGACCAUGCUGUGUUCAGCACAGUCCCACCCGGCAGCUCAGCUGCACUGGGCUUUCCGAGGAGAGGCGGUGAACGUGUCGGGCUCAGUGCUGCAGCUGCUGGACGUCACCGAGGAACAGAGCGGGCCAUAUUCCUGUCUGGCCUUCAAUAAUCACACCAACAAGUUCAGCAACAUCACCACAAACCUCGACAUAGAAGAGUUUCCUUUGUCAGGAUCCGAACUACACCCAGUGAAUGUGUUUCUUCUGCGCCUGCUGCUGGUGGUUGGAUUCAUCUCAUCUUAUCCAGACCUGAGAGACCCUUUCAAUCUAUGGAUUCCUCUGCGGAAAGAAACCUUUCCCGAAGAGGAGAAGCUAAAGAGCAGAAUGGCGUCUUCACGGAUGUUCGUCCUGAUUUUGAUCAUCAUUACCUUCACAGAUCAUGGCAGCAGCCAGAGCAUUUCAGCCUCGGAGAACCCCCUGGCAGUGGGCAGCAACGUGACCCUCUUCAGCACGACCACCGUCACUCAAGGGCUAUGGUCGUUCAACAGCACGCUGGUCGUGUUUGUGUCCCCAGUCGGCAGCAUUGUUGUUGCUCCUUGGACAGACCGGGCAGUAUACAAUCCGAACACUUCGUCGCUCACUAUAGAGUCUGUGAAAGUGGAGGACUCUGGCGUGUUCGCCUUGCAGUCUACAGACGGCUUUCGGGGAGAAAUAACGCUGUCGGUUCAAGUGCCGAUUUCAGAUGUGACCCUGCAGGCAAACGCAACACAUCUGGUGGAACACAAUGACACAGUCGUUCUCACCUGCUCCGUGUCCAGCGGCACGUCGCUGUCCUACACAUGGCUGAGAGGAAACUCGACCGUCGUACUGGGCGGAAACACAUAUCUGAGUAACGGAGGUGCCGUUCUGACAAUAAAGAGCGUGAGCCACCGUGACCAGGGGCCGUUCAGAUGCAACGUGUCCAACGGCAUCAGCCAUGAAGUCAGUAACCAUGUAUACCUGAACAUCAGCUAUGGGCCGAGUAAUGUGUCGCUAACAGUCAUGCCCGCCAUGAUGAAAUCACACAAAACAGGUUCAAACGUCACUCUGUGGUGCUCAGCCGAGUCCAGUCCUCCAGCGACUGUCCACUGGAUGUUUAAUGGAGUGGCCCUCAACAAAUCUGGGCCGUAUCUUAAGCUGGAAAAUGUUACGGAGAGCGACGCGGGAACUUACACAUGCGUCCUUCACAACUCUGUGACCUCCAGGUUCAGCAGCAAGAGUGUCAGGAUCUGGGUUUUAGAUCCGUUAACGUCUGUUGUGGUGAAUCAUACCGGACCGGCUAUACUCCACGAGUCCUUCACUCUGAAAUGUGAAGUCUCCGGAACUGUUGAGCACAUUGUUUGGAAAAAGGAUGGAUAUCCUAUUUCUGCUGACAAUACAACCAUGUUUGGCAUGGGCAACAAAACGCUGACUCUCGACCCGGUGCAGCAUUCAGACGCUGGACAUUAUGAAUGUCAAGCUUUCAAUUCAGUGAGCAACAUGACGAGCAGCCCCUAUGACGUCAAGGUUUACUAUGGACCAAAGAUGGCAAUGAUCACAGGACCACAUUACGCAAAGACGGGAGACAACGUCACUUUCAUCUGCAAUGCCACGUCAAAACCGCCGAGCCAUUACAAAUGGUAUUUCAACGGCGAUAUGGUUUCCAACAUGUCUGUGUACGUCACACCUCCUCUCACCCUGAACAUGAGUGGGAAGUACGUCUGCAAGGCCUUCAACCACAUCACGGGCAAAAACAGCAGCGCCUACAAAAUGCUCACAGUCGUGGAUCCAAUAACACAUGUACACGUGGUUUCAUCAAUGGGUCCUGCCAUGGAGGGUUAUCCAUACAACUUGACAUGCAAUGUGACAGGACCCCCUGAUCACAUAUACUGGAUGAAGGACGGAGCGAUGCUGCAUGAAGACAACACGACUUCUUUCUACAUGGGCAACAAAACAGUCAUGUUCAUGCCGGCGGAUCGUUACGACUCCGGACACUACCGGUGUAAAGCUGGCAACGCUGUGGGGAGCGUGACCAGCUAUCCGUACAUGCUCCUUGUCAACUACGGACCAGAAAAGCCCAUCAUCCAGGGGCCAGCCUACGCUGAGGCAGGAAGCCAUGCUGUUUUUAGCUGUUCUGCCAUGUCAGCGCCUCCCAGCACAUACAGCUGGUGGUACAACAACAAUUCUGUCUCCAACACCUCCAUGUUUAAGAUCGGCCCUUUGUCUUUGAACAUGAGCGGAGAGUUGACCUGUAAGGCCUACAAUAAUGUGACGGGGAAGACGAGCCGCAGCUCCAAGAUGCUCAAAGUCAUCGAGCCCAUUGAGUCAGUGAUGAUCCACAACAGCUCAAUUCCCAUCGACAAGGAAAACUUCACUCUGACCUGUGUCGUCGUUGGACCCUACGACUCCAUCUACUGGAUGAAGGACAACAAAACACUCAGCAUGAACUCCUCCAACACUCACCCUCACACGUACUACCACAUGGAAAACAACAGCCUGCACUUCUCCCCGCUCACAAGAUACAACGACGGGUCUUACCGGUGUGUCGCCACCAACAAGGCUGCUCACCAUAAGAGUCCUCCCUACAUGCUGCUGGUCAACUACGGCCCUCUGAAGGUGAAAAUCUCGGGUCCAGACAUGGCACACCUGGGCCCAAGGGUGACUCUGACAUGCUCGGCGGACUCCCGGCCUGAAUGCGACUUCUACUGGUUCUUCAACAACCGCUCCACGCCUCUAAAGCACGGGCCGGUCCUCACGUUCCCCGUGUCUGUCGAUAGCCUGGGGAAGUACAUAUGUCAGGCGAGGAACCCUGUGACCAACAUCACAAUGUACCAAAGCAAACUGUUUGCCGUCGGAGGUCAGGACUCUGCCUUCCACUUUGCAUCCCGAGGCAGCCUGAUGCUGGCUGUUCUCUUCGCUCUGUCUAUCACUGCGCUCUUCAACUGAGAAGAAGAGGAAUCCAUUCCGGCUUCCUUUAGAGAACAGGUGUCAAACCUAUGGCUGGCGGGUCAAGUUCGGCCCACCAGAGAGUCUGUUCUGGCCCACACAAAAAGAGAUAUGUUUCACUGUCAAGAGCACUAAUUCAGUAAGACCAAGAACUAAACAGCUGACUACAGCAUCACGCUGCAGUGAAAAAAAACAUGACCUUUUUUCUAGAAGAAUGACAUUAGCAUCAAAUCCAAACUGUGAAGAUGAAUCAGUGAAAAUCUACAUGCUGAAAACUGCAGAAAUCCUGCUGAGAGUGAUCAAAAAGUCUCUGUGACUGUGAGUCUGAGGGGAAUCACCAUGGAAAAAAAACAAAGGAUUUCAGUUUGCACUUAAGAGAAAAAGUCAAAGUUGAUCAUAAACCAUUGCAUUAAAUGAGGACAUUUUACUUUGCUUUAAAUGAGUUUGACACUUAUCUUCUAGAGACAGCAGCCUUACUUUCACACGAAUAAGAAAACAGACUGCAUUCCUAAAGUCAACUUGACACAAGAGGUAGCAGUCGUCUUAUUAUAGCAGCAUCUGCUUUGAUUUUUAUGUUUAACCAUUGCCAAGCGAAACUAGUCGUUUUAUCAAUGUGAUCACUGUUUUCACUGUCCUGAGGCCAGUUUGGGGAAAGAACAUGAGUACCCCUGCAUAGUUUCUCGAGCAUGUGAGCUGAUUCCUCUGAAAUACCCUUAUUCAUAAUGAAAAGCAGCAGUUUUAGGCGUGAUGGUGAUAAAACUGCAAGGUGUGUGUGUGUUUUAACCAGAUUCUACCUUUAUUUUCUGUAUUUGUUUGGUAUUCAAUAAUAAAAAAAAAAUCAAGUGUU